UCAUUCAAAUCGUAAACAAAAACUUUCGCGGGUCAGUUUAGAAGAUUACAAAAAACUUGAUUCUUAAAUUAUUGUAUUCGGUGUUAUGGCUUCGGUUGUGUUACGGAAGGAGCGCUAUCAUUCCCUCAACGAUUUGGUUGGGCUGGCUCAGUGUUUGGUUGGCCAGAACAUCCUGAUAGAUUUGCGCCAUGAAGCUUCGGUUGCCGGCAAAAUUGCCAGUGUUGAUGGUUUUAUGAACAUUGCAAUGGAAAAUGUUGUUUACAUUGAUCAACUCGGGAAGCAAUUUUCGAUGGAAGAAUUUAUGAUCUAUCCUCGAUACAUUCGCUACAUCCACGUACCUGAAUCGAUUGAAAUCGUGCCGGCACUGGAGGAACACAUCAAGCGGCAAACCGUGAGGCAACCAAAAGCUCGCCGGACCUUCAAACUAAAACGAGCCCAGGAGAACCAACAGAGAACACUGGCCGAGAAUAAUAUGAUCUAAGGUUAAGUAAAGUUUAAGUUUUAAGUUCUUCAAUUAACGUUCCUAAAGUUU